AUGGAGAAAGGUGACGUGCGGGUGGACCUCGACAAGCUCCCCAUCAAGCGCCUUGAGGCCAUUGACGAGAUUGGCAACGAGCACUACCCACCGGACACUAGCAACGAGGAGCAGCGACUUGCAGCCAUCCGCCGGAUUGACUUCUCCUGGGUCAUAGAGAAGGAUGCAAAGAAGGCCAAGAAGGCGGCUGAGGCUGACACUACCCAGCAGGCAUGGCCCUGGCAGGGCCUUAUGGAGAGCCUGCAGCAGGCACAUCAGGAGCUCUCCGUCGUCUUAGACCUCAUCGGCACGGUGGAGGCUAAUGACGCUGUGGCCGUCGCCUCGACAACGAAGCCCAAGUCGCAGCCAAAUGAAAUACUUGUUGACAUGGCAGUCUCUGCUGCCACCAAGCUCCAGCGCCUUAGGCAUUUGUCACGGUACUUCAAACAAUCUUCUAGGACAAUGGAGCAACAGUUCCAAAAGGAGACUAGGUUCUACAGCUCCUUAAUAAGAUUGCAGCAGAACUGGAAAGUGAAGCGGCAGCGGGCUGUUGGGAGUCCAGGAAGUGAAGGCUUCAUGUUUGAUCUAGUUGAUAGUUCUCAGCUAGACACAACAACAAUGCCUCGGUUAUCACCAUUAUCUUUAAUUCCGAUUGAUCAAGACUCUUCAGGCACUUUGUCUGUACAAAUACCACAGAAGUCUUUCCGUUCCUUGAGCCUUCAAUUUCGUGGAGACAUAGCCAAUAAUGCAGAAAGCAGUGCUAUAAAAAAGAAAGAAGGCACGUUAACCAACACAACUACUGAAGCCAAAAAGGAUGUUUUGGAGAAUGAUGAUGUCAAUAAGUCUAUCAAACAUGCACAUUCCAUCCUUCGUGACAUCCACAGGUCCAUAUUUGAGGAGCAGGUAUUUGAUAUGGUGAUCCGGGAGACAUUUAUCCAAUCUCAAGGCAUCAAUGUUACUGGGAUGUGCGAAGAUUUUCUGCAAUUAGCGAUUGGCCAGGAGUGUUCUUUGUGCCUUUCGCUUGAGCUCUCUGGACAAAAUAGUAACUCAGGAACAGUAGGGCAGGAAGAUCAUAUGGAUACAGAUUAUACUGGAAGUCUUGCAGUAGCCACUGUAAAUGGGAAGGAGUCUUCAAAUAAGGAUGUGAGAGGGUUUCCUAACCCCAAAUCCUUAGAAAUUUACCUGCUACAUAUGUUCCAUGAAAACAUUCUUAGGAAACUCAGGGAGAAAUCUCGUCUUAUGGUUCGUUACCAGGGUUCUGCUCAGGCUGCACCUGACGAUUGUGGCCUGCUAAGUCAUUUUUGCAUGACAGUGUCUCACAGGAUAUUUUCUAACAAAGUACAUUUGGAGCUGGAAAGUGUGGUUAGUAGGGUUCCUUAUCUCCAUCUGCGUUCCCUUCCUACAUGGCAUUCUCGGACGUCUUCCUGGUCUCUCUGCUUGAAAGUUCCUCAGCCUACCCUGUCCACAGAUCGAGCCAGAAAGCCUUCAGACCAUCACGAGCUGAAGUACAAAUCCAGGUCACAGUUUAGUACAAAGGUGAUCUUGAAAGAUGGCCAAAUUAGUUUAAUGGGUGAGGGCUCUCCAAGCAUUGCUGGAUCGUUGACUGGGAAGCCAUCUGAUGGACGUCUGAUAAAUAGUUACAAUUGUGACUUGGAAGACCUCCCAUUGAUGCUUCUGCAGCAGGUUGCCAGUCAAGUAAUCCACUGGCUCCAUGAUGAAGCAAUGGUUCUUGGGAUGAAUGUGACUAGAGAUUUCCUGUGCCUGUACUUUGAUCUUGACCAAGGCGAAACACUUGGCCUAGUGGCACAUGUUGAUCCGGAUGACACAUAUGGCUGCAUCUCAUGGUACCUCACUGUUGAUCACCCAACGGAGGAGGGGAAGAUGUCAGCGGAUAGUCCAGAGUUAGAGAAGCGUAGGUUUUUGGGGUACCUUUCACUGGAAGUGCUUUACUCUACCCUGAUGGACCUGAUAAAAUUGUGCAGCACAGGUGUCCAGCACUGA